AAGCAAAGGGGAGGUUCAUUCAGUUCGUUGAAACCGAUAGGAGGCGCUAUUAGCAGCGUUAGCCCUCAAUCACACAACGUGUUUCCAGACCUGAUAUGGCCAACAUGAAGCAAGAGGAGACAGAAAUCAGUGUGAAAACACAGGCCCGAUAUUGCUCUGUAGCCUGGAAGUACUACAUCAAAAAUGAGAACAAUGCCACUGUUUACUGCAGGUUGUGUAAGACGACCUUUAAGUUCUCUUCAAAUACAGCCAACAUGAUAAAACACCUCAGAGUGAAACAUCGACUCAACAUCCCCGCUGUAGCCAACGGUGGCGAGAGACUAUGCACGGAAGAGCCGAGCGAAGGCAGCAUGGACAUGGAUCUCCCACCUCAAAGGCAUCCAGGAAGUCUCAACGGUACAACUCUUCGUCGGAGAAUGCAGCGUUUCUUGCCAUUUUCUGAUCGCCGCACAUCAAAAGUGUGGAACCACUACACUCAGUUAAGUCUGCAUCGUGUCGAGUGCAAUCAUUGUAAGAGACAGCUUUCCUUUCACAACAGCACUACGUCUAUGAGAGAACACUUAGGACGCAAGCACAGCAUUAGGGAAGGAGCAGUUCCCCCUCACAACACAGCAGGCAUCCCCACUCCUACGGCGUUGCAUUCUCACAUUCAGACCUCUUUACUUGGUAACAGGUGUAACACCACAGGCAAUGUUUCAUUUCAAGCAGUGCUACCUGUUACUGUCAAAGAAGAGCAGGAAGAAGUACUGGCAGCUGAGCUGGCCGAGACCAAACCUGCUCGGACCACAUACGCCCCCGACUGUGCAACGGUAAGCGGUACUUCUAGUUCAAAUGCCAUUGCGCACCAAGAUACAGAUAUGGGCUGCCUAAUGUAUAAUUUUCCUACUGGGGAAAUGAGCAGCACUGCUGCAGCCAGCAGUGCCCGCAGUGGCACAAGAGCCUGCAGCAACAAGCGUGCAGAGGUGCUGACCGAUCUUAUCUUGGAAAUGGUCUUCAGAGACCUUCAGCCAUUGUCUGUGGUGGAAGAGAGGGGGUUCAAACUUUUACUGAGUUGCCUAGAACCUAACUACCCUGUCCCUUCUCCAUCUCUGCUUGGAAGCCUACUUUGGCAUCGCUACCACAUCCUCAAGCAAUGCCUUCAGCAGCAUCUACAGACAAGUCUAGCUUCUCACUGUCUGACACUGUGCACCGAAUACUGGCGAUCAGUAGACGGAUGCGGGGUUGACGGAGACGGUCAGUACUACCUCACAGUCAGCGCGCAUUUUGUCGACUCUCAUUGGCGCCUGGCACGGUGCGUGCUCGAGACCCGACCGAUAGCAGAAUUCAAAGGAAACCCCUCUGAGAGAGGGCAAGCAAGCUUUGCAGACACCUUGAGAGCAGUCCUCUCAGAGUUCCAGCUUCCAGAGAACUUCGUUUUUUGUGUCGUGCAUGACACCCCAAGUGGAUCGGAGUCCAGGGGGCAGGAGAAUAUGACCAUCGAUCAGGAAUAUCAGCAAGAAUUUGCUGGACCCAGCCAUCCUCCUCCUAGUAAUCUCCCAGAGGGAUGGGCACCACUGCUUUGUGCAGGACAAGCCCUGAAACUCUGUGUCCAGGAAGGACUUUGCGUGGAGACUGUCAGACAAGCUCUGGCAGAUGCCCGUGCCAUUGUCCUACAUUUCCAGCACGAUGUGAAUGCUUCUACAGCACUGAGCCAGAAAGCAGAGGCUGUUAAUAAAGAAUCCGCAUGCCUGGUCUUGAACGACCCAGGGCGUUGGACCACCGCCAUCGAGAUGUGUGAGAGUCUGCUAGAGCUCAAGUGGGUAGUAAGUUCUGUCCUCGAGGAGCAAAAAGUAGCAACAAAUCUGGCAGAUCACCAAUGGCGUCUUAUACACGAACUAGUUCCCGUGCUCAAAACGGUCCGCAUUGCGGCAUCAUUUUUGAGCGAGGACAUCAACGGACCCAUUUCAGCCCUAAUGCCGUGCCUACAAGGAGUGUCUCGGCUUCUGGGACAAAAAAUUGCAGAGUGUACCUGUCCAGUGGUGAGGGGAGUCAUGGAGAGAAUUCGUGCUGGUAUGGACAAACGCUGGAGUUUGAGUGAUGAAGAUGCUCUUCUGGACUCCCCAGCCGUAUUGUCCUCGUUCCUGGACCCGCGUUUUAAGGAGUUGCGGUUUCUCAGCCCACAUGCCCGGAGCAAGUUGCACGACAAGGUGAAAGAGCUUCUAUCCGUUCAGGCUUUCAGAAGCAACGAAGGAAUGAAUGGAGAUAGAACACGAAGCAUGCAAGUGGAAGAGACUGUGGAUGAACGUGGAGAACCUGCAGAUUUCGGAUUGGACGAUUCCUUGCCAAUUCCUGCAAUGGCUUCUUUGGAUUCUCCUGAAUCAUGCGGAUCGGUGGAGGAAGGUGACAGCGUUGAGCUGCAGCCAAGCGAGCCCUCCGUCGCAGUAUCAUCUCCAGAACAGGUCAACGAAAAUACGCUUGAGGUCGGAUCGCCUUUCAAGAACGCAAACGACCGUAAAAGACGUUCUAGCGGGACUAGUAUGACCUCGCCGCUGAGAGGAGAUUUACAGCUCACACCUCGCAUACGGAUGAGUCCUCUCCCGCAGAGCAUGUACGAUAUUCUUCUGGGUGAGGAUCCUACUGAGCGCAUGCCCGAGAUUCACCAGCAGCUGGAGAAUUACAUAGCAGAGCCACUUUGCAGGCGUAGCCUCUCACCCCUGCAAUGGUGGCGCAAUAAGGAGCAUCGUUUUCCUGCUGUGGCAAGACUGGCACGGAAAUACUUGUCCAUACCUGCAACAGCUGUUUCCGCCGAUCGGGCCUUUGCUCCUAGGGAGUCCCCAGUGACCCAGAGAAGGGCCACAUUGGGGUCUAAACACCUUGACCACAUUUUGUUUCUCCAUCAGAACACUGAUUAUGUGGAUCAGCUGAAAGGUGGCAACUCUGCACGUGAAAUUGAGUGGAACAGUGUCAGUGGAAACCAAAGCAGAGAAAGUCUUUACCAGACUCUAGUGUCCUAUGAAAGUAAGGUUCGUGUGCCUGAGGAAGAGUCGUGAUCACUGUUUGUGUACAUAUGCACAGUCACAUUAAAGGAGAAGUCCACUUCCAGAACUAAAAUUGACAGAUAAUGUACUCACCCCUUGUCAUCCAAGAUGUUCAUGUCUUUCUUUCUUCAGCCACAAACAAAUUAUGUUUUUUGAGGGAAACAUUUCAGGAUUUUUCUUCAUAUAAUGGACUGAUAUGGUGCCCCGAUUUUGAACUUCCAAAAUGCAGUUUAAAUGCGACUUCAAACGACCCUCAAAUGCAGUUGUAAACGAUCCCAGAAUACACAGAGUUCAGGGAGAGCAAGACAAAACGAGUGUUUGAGAUUAAAAAGUAUUUACUAUUUUUUUUUUUUUUUUUUUUUUUUU